AUGGCUCAAAAGCUUUGGAUGAAGAGGAUCCUCAUCCCCAUCUGGGUGCUCCAACUCCUCAUCUGCGCCAUCUUGGCCGCAGUCAGCAUAAUAGCCCUCUACGCCUUUGGCCAGGCUGUUGCACAGGGCGACUUCAACGGCACGGCGGGCGUCAUUGCCGCGCUCAAUGGCAGCGUCGCAGCCGCACUUGCCCUCUCCCUCAUCACCAUCCUCCUCGACCUGCUCGAAAUCAUCCUGCUCGCGAAGCAAAAGUUAAAACCCGCGCCGCAUUUGGGCUUUCAGGUGGUCAAGGGAGGCGCCUGGACCAUCUGGUUCUUCCUCGUCGUUGUCGCCUACACGAAGAGUCAGCAGAGCGGGUUUGCGCUUCUGUUGGCCGGGCUGUUAUGCUUGACGUCCGUCGCACAGCUUGUCUAUGGGGCAGUGAUUUACCAUCGCCACCGAAAGGGAACGCUGGCACGAGGCCAGUACGCGCCAGCUACGAUCGCGCAGCCGGUUACGCAGCAAAUCGCCCUAGAUGAGCCUAUGUUCAAGGCAUAUCAGCCUCCGCGGGCAGACGCAUCAAUUGACAUCGAGGACUCUGCGCGGCCGCCGCACAGACAUGGUGCCUACAGCAAUGGCGUUCUGUACGAGGAGUAA